AUGGUAUAAUUUUGAGUAAUAAAAUAUAGAAUAAUGAAGAUGAAAUGGAAAAAUAGGCUAGAUUAAUGGCAGAGAAAUAUAAAGAUGGACCUAAAAAGAAGGGAGCUUUGGUGAAGAAAACAUAAGAAGUAUUUUCUUUUAAAUAAAUUAUUUUUAGAGAACUUAAUUUGAUUCAGCAACUCAUGAAAUGUAAAAAUAGGCAUAAUAGCAUCCUCCGAAAUGA